GUGUGAACGCCGUACUUGUAGUACAGACAUGGCGUUGGACAGUGACAGUGAUGAGGAUUUUGUGAGUUAUGGGACUCCUCUGGAGCCUCUGGAAGAAGAUGAGCCGUUGAAGAAGCCCCUCCCGUUGCACGAGCAGACAGUGAAGGAUGAGAAGGGACGAUACCAGCGGUUCCAUGGAGCGUUCACUGGAGGGUUUUCAGCCGGAUACUUCAACACUGUCGGCUCAAAGGAAGGAUGGGCUCCCUCAGGUUUUGUGUCGUCACGACAACAGAAGGCCGAGAAACUCAGCGCCAGGCCUGAAGAUUUCAUGGAUGAAGAGGACUUCAGCGAGCACGGCAUCGCUCCCAGACAGAUCACCACCAGCCAUGAGUUCUCAUCGAGCCGCAGAGACGAUGCCCAAGAGAAGGCAAAGGCGGUCAGUGCUCAGACAGCCUUAAUCCCAGGAGACACUCUGCUGGAGGAGCUCAUUUCACCUGCCAAGUCAUCCAUUGGGGUGGAGCUGCUGAGGAAGAUGGGCUGGAAGGAGGGGCAGGGUGUCGGACCUCGGCUCAAGAGGAAAGCUCGCCGCCAGCAAACUAAUGAUGGAGGCAGAGUUUAUGGCUGUGCACUCCCCCCUGCUGGCUCGGAGGAGUCAGAGAACGAUGAUGAUGAGUUUGCCCCAGAAAAUGUGACCUUUGCACCCAAGGAUGUGACACCAGUGGAUUUCAGCCCCAGGCUCGGGGUUCAGGGUCUGGGGUACCAUGGUCUAAACCCGGGCUUGGCACUGCUGGGCCGAUCCACUUCUGAACACAUCGACCUGUUUAACCCACAGUCCAACUUGAACAGCCGCCUGUUUGGAGAUGCACAGCGACAGUCGCGAAGAGGGGGUGUGGCUGGACAGGCCUUUGGGAUAGGAGCACUGGAAGAUGAUGAUGAUGAAGACGUCUACCACAGAGACUCGCUGUCUAGAUAUGACACCGUGCUUGGGGGGGAGGAGCCUGGUGAUGGCCUGUAUGGCUGGACGGCGCCACAGCAGUACACCAAGAAAAAAGAUCAAAGCAAAGAUGCAUCAUAUCUCGGCAAAAUCUUGGAGGGUUUCACACUCACCCAGAAACCAGCAGAGGAAAAAACUGUCUUCCUUCCCCCGUCACUGCCCAAAGACUAUCGUCCCAUCCAUCGUUUCCAGCCAGCGGUCAUUUCAGCCAAUGUUCCAGGGAUCAGCCCCGCACUCGCCAAGGCUCUGAGGAUGUCCAGGGGACACAUGGUUCAGGAAGAACCACAACACAGAGGAAGGCAUCAGCUGGAUUCAGACCAGAGGAGGGCGCUGCUGGGUGAAGAAACCCUGCAAGGACCUGUUUCAGUCCUGGAUCUUCUGAGGCCAGAGGACAGACGACGACUCCUUAACCUCCGCAACUCUUCCAACCUCCCUUACACCAAAUCUGACACCACAGUCCCUGAUGCUUCGUGUCCAGUCGGGGUGUCGGUACCAAUGGGUGUCGCCUUCACCGGCCUCCAGCAGCAACAGCAAGCAUUAGCUUCAUGGAAAGGUGCCCACGGUGCCUCACAGGCCUUCAAACCUUUUGAGAACAACCCCAGUAAACAGGCACGCUACGACCUGUACCUGAACCGCCUGAAGCAGGGAGACAAAGAUGCCCUGGAACAGAGUCUGGACCCUGGAAUGACAGAGUGGGAACAGAGCAGGGAGAGGGAGGAAUUUGUGCGAGCUUCCAUCUUGUACCGACCCAGCUCGUCCUCACUCUCGUCACGUUUUACCAGAGCUAAACAUCAGGAAGACGAUGAUGUCAUAGAGGUGAACAAUGACCAGGAGGGUGUCAUGGAAAACAAGCAGACAGCUGUGAAGAUGAAGAUGUUUGGGAAACUGACCAGAGAAACCUUCGAGUGGCAUCCAGACAAACUGCUCUGCAAGAGGUUCAACGUCCCUGACCCGUACCCAGGCUCAGGUGCAGUCGGUCUGCCCAAAGUCAAGCGAGACAAGUUUUCAGUCUUCAACUUCCUGACUGUGGCAGACAACUCAGGGACCCAAGGUCCUCCAAAGCCUCCAGCAUCUGGGAAGAAGUCGAGAUGGGACGUUUCUGACAGAACAGAGAAAAAAGCUGACCUGCUGAGCAGCCAACAGCCGCCUGAGUCCAAAGACCACCAGAGUCCAGCACCGGCGUUACCGGGCCCUGCCAGUCCAGAGCCCAGAGCUGAGUCAGCAGAUGAGAUGACCAUGGAGAGGAAGAAAGAAGAUGAAGAUGAGCCUGAAGAGGAGGAGAGCAGACCUCCCAUGGAUCUGUUCAAAGCCAUUUUCGCCAGCUCCUCUGAUGAGAAGUCCUCUUCGUCAGAGGAGGACAGCCACAACGAGGACGACGAUCAAACCAAAGACGGCUUCCAGACACCAAACCUCUUUAACAUCACCUCCACCACCGCUGUGACCUCCACCACGGUCACGCCGUCCUCCUCAGCUGUGACCUCCACCACGGUCACGCCGUCCUCCUCAGCCGUGACCUCCACCACGGUCACGCCGUCCUCCUCAGCUGUGACCUCCACCACGGCCACGCCGUCCUCCUCAGCUGUGACCUCCACCACGGCCACGCCGUCUUCCUCAGCCGUGACCUCCUCCAGCCAGCAAACAGGGUCUGUCUCAAAGCAGGAACAGGAGGAGUUUGGGCCGAAGCUGCCGCCUCUUUCGUGUGCGCAUGCCAGAGGAGGCGCCACCAUCCCCGGUGAGGAGGUGAAAGUGAGCACGAAGAGCAAAGACAGAAAGCACAAGAACAAGAAGCACUACAAACACAAGAAGGAGAAGAAGAAGAAACACAAGAAGAAGAAACAUAAGGGGAAGCAGAGGAAGAGUAAGGAGACAAACAGCAACUCGGACGACAGCGAUGAAGACGGACAGAUGACGACCGAAGAGCUGCUUAAAAGACUGAAGAGCGUCCGGUCGCAGCAGACGUGAUGCAGAAGUGUCCUCUGUGAGGACGACGCCCCUCCAAAAUAAAACCACACACACACAGAAUGUUUAAUAAGUGAAAACAUGUUGGGCACGAUGCAGACGCUGCUUCAGUCUUUAGAAAGUCUUCAAAAUGAGGACGUG